ACUGAGAUCCCCUGCUCUGAGGACUACGACAGCCACAAAAGGUUUGAAGGGUGCACUCCUAGAAAGUGUGGAAGAGGUGUGACAGAUGCAGUAAUCACGAGGGAAGAAGCUGAAAGAAUCCGUAGAAUAGCAGAGAGGGGACUGUCCUUGGGAGGAUCUGAUGGAGGGGCAUCAAUUUUGGACUUGCACUCUGGAGCUCUUUCACUGGGGAAGCAUUUUGUUAAUCUGUACAGGUACUUUGGGGACAAAAUUCAAGACAUCUUCACAGAAGAGGAUUUUGCAUUAUAUCGUGAUGUGAGACAGAGAAUUCAACAAAAGAUUGCUCAGGCAUUUGGUAUCAGCUCUGCUUCCAUGUACCUGACUAAGCCAACGUUCUUCUCAAGAAUAAACAGCACAGAAGCCAAGACAACACACGAUGAAUACUGGCACCCACACGUUGACAAGGUGACUUACGGCUCCUUUGACUACACCUCACUGCUCUAUCUCUCUGACUACACGGAAGAUUUCGGAGGUGGACGGUUUGUCUUUAUGGAUGCAGGUUCCAACAAGACGGUAGAGCCCCGAGCAGGCCGAGUUUCCUUUUUCACCUCUGGAUCAGAGAACCUUCAUCGAGUGGAAAAGGUUCACUGGGGCACUCGCUAUGCCAUCACCAUCUCCUUCACUUGCAACCCAGACCAUAGUAUUGGGGAUCCAGUCUUGAUGUAA